GCUGCUGUGAAUCUGCUGGACGACAUGUUGGACCAGGAGCUGGAGCCCGAUCUUUUCACCUACAGCAGCGUGCUCGAUGCACUGGCGGCGGAUGCGAGGUGGGCAGAUGCAGUUGACGUGGUUCAGGACCUGCGGAUCCGGGGCAAAUCGCCCAACAAUGCGGUGGCCAGCACCUUGCUUCCAAUCGCACCCUGGACUGCGGCAUUGCAUAUGUGGCUGGAGGCGCAGCAUGGUUUGGAGCCAGACCAGGUGCUUUGCGGUGCCCACCUUGCCUCCAUGGAGCAGGGAUACUACUGGCAGAAGGCAGUGGAAUCGAUGAGGUGGAUGCAGACGAGGAAGCUGGAUCUCACGAAGGUGACCUACGCGUCGGCUGUUCUGAUCUGUGCCAAUGCCCGUCGAUGGCCCGAGGCCGCCGAUCUCCUGGGACGCAUGGAAGCCUCGUCGAUGAAGCCAGCAGCUUCAAGCUAUGCCUUAGUCUUGUCGGAGUUGGAGCAGCGCGCCGUCACCGGGCCCGAGCAAACGCUUAUGAGCCGUCUCUCUGCCGCCGCUGCCAAGACACUCAGCCAACCGGCAAGG